UGUUCUCACAUUGCUUGGUCACCAACCUUUCAGACCUCGGCCAAUUGAGCCAUCGGCCGCCAUGCCAAGCUCCCUGUGGGAGCUGGUCCCUUCCCGCGCUCGGGUGCCGAGGGAGUCCAGCCUCGGUGCUUGGGAUCCGAUUCCUCUGAAGGUUGAUCGACGAGAACAACUUCGCACCUUCUUCGACCUGGAUGCUGUAGGCAACGACAUGGGCGACGCUGCGUCGGCAGGCGUUUCGGCUGCUGCUCCGGUGGUGAGUGACGCCGCGCAGGCUGGCGCAAACGCCGCGAUGAGCGGCGCGCAAGCAGCGGCACCCAUGGUGAAGGACGCGGCCUCGAGUGCCGCCAGCGCGGUCAUGAGUGGUGCCCAGGCGGCUGCUCCCAUGGUGGGAGAUGCCGCCUCCUCCUUGGCCAGCAAUUUGGGAGAUGCCGCCAGCAAUCUGGGCGACGACAACGGCUGCUUUCCUGCCGCGUCCUGCGUGCUGGAACGCCGCAGGGGUGUGGUGCGAAUGGAGGAUGUGAGGGUGGGCGAUGAGCUUGACUGUGGCGGUGUCUUUUCCCCGGUGAUCGCCAUGCUCCAUCGAUCUCCAGGUGAAAUGAUGUCUUACGUUGUCAUCCACUUUGUCUCUGGGGCUGUGGUGAUAUCGAGGAAUCACCUCAUCCAGCUGCAAGAAGAGACCGAAGAAGGUCCACCUCGUUUUUGUUGGGUUCCUGCUGCUGACGUGAGGGUGGGCCAGCAGCUGCAAAACGGGCAGAGGGUGAUCAGUGUGACAUCAGCUGAGGCUACAGGCCUCUUUGCACCUUUGACUUUGAGUUCGACACUGCUGGUGGAUGGAGCGCUUUGCUCCUGCUUUGCACCACCUUUAGAGCUGGGUCUCAGCCACGAGCUGUGCCACCGAGCAAUGGCUCCCUUGAGGGCUUGGCACCAAGCGAAGAGCACUUUGGAGUCCACCACGACACCCCGGUGGCUCGGCUGCCCGCUGUGGACGCUGGAGGCCUGGACGCCGUGGACGACGAGCGUGUCGCCGACAAUUCAUCCUUACGCAGCGAGCCUGCUGUUGACCCUUCGAUCGCUUCAUCGAGUCCUGAAUGCGAUUUCAAUGUGACUCCGCGGCCAAUGCCAACGUUGCAGCGGCAAAAGA